CAAGUUUUCUUUUACUUGACAACGCAUGUUAUUUGCGAUAGUUUUGUCAAUUUAUCAUUUAGUAUCUAACUGUCUACACUUUUAUGUACUUGAACAAUGGCUGGCCUUCCUAAACUGCCCGGAUUUACAUUCACUGACCCCACACUUUCCAAGUUUCAUCGAUCACAGACUUUCAACAUAUGCAACGGCUACAAACAGAGCAAAUUGCAUUACAGCGGAAUUGGAGGAAGAGAAUUAACCAGCAACUCGGUUAAGCAUAUCGGUAAGGAGGAUCCCAUUCGAUAUGAUCCCUCACUCACCUACGGACGGUGUAAAGCCAAACCGCUACCACAGUUUACGCCCCAUUUUGCUCUAUACGAUCAAAAAUGCUUAACAUUUAAGGCGUUUUUCAAACAAUCGGUGGUGGAAUCGCCUUUGGAGUUUUACCGAGUCCGCCCGGUAAAUAUCUAUUAUUUUCUGGAAGACGAUACGAUUUCUGUUAUUGAGCCCAGAGUUCCAAACAGCGGGCUUUUGCAAGGAAAACUGGUGCGUCGAUCGAAAAUACCCAAGUAUGAAGACGGAAGCUACUGGCACUGGAAAGACUUUCAAGUUGGGAAAGAUUUAGCUUUUUACGGCACCGUUUAUCACACUGUAGAUUGCGACUUAUUUACAAGGGAAUAUAUGGCUAGCCAAGGACUGGACAUGGGCGAUCCUGAAGAAAUGCCUUAUGAUCCAUACACCUUCAAUAGACAAUUACAAGUAAUACCAAAAAUCACCAAAACUCCCCCUGCAGAUGAUAAGUUUAGAAGAUUCUUGGAAUACGACGGAAAAGUCCUUAGAUUUAAAGCGGCUUGGGAUGAUCGGGAAAACGAAUACGGCGAUCUAAUGAAGUUCGAAAUUCUGUUUUUCCUAUCCGAUGACACGGUGGCGGUAAAAAAUGUCCACGAGGAAAAUAGCGGCAGAGAUCCUUACCCCGUACUACUACGAAAAAUUAAGUUGCCCAAAAUUUAUACUGAUACACCCACAACAUAUGCGGCAAUUUAUUUGGAAAAAACCGAUAAUGAAGUUACAGAAUACUAUCAGCCAAAGGAUUUUUUAGUAGGCAACACUAUUUUUGUGCUGGGCCGUGAUAUGCUACUAUACGAUUGUGAUAAGUUCACUAGAGACUAUUUCAGGAACGCAUUGUGCAUUGAACAAAAGCCCCCUAUGCAAAUUGAUGAUUCCGAGAAACCAAAGCCACCUCCUCAAGUGCCUCCUCAUGACGGAUUAGGGAGUUUAGAAGACUCCUUACAGAACACAUUGACCUUCUUACCAAAACCACCAAGAAAAGAUGUCAUGAGACAAAUCGCCAAUGCGAAUAAGCAUUUACGUUACGAAAUGAAAAUGGAUGCAGUUCACCCUGAAGACACGGUUCGACGAUUCAUAUUGUUCUACUCUUUAUCUGAUGGUACGUGUAGAAUACAAGAACCCCCAAUUAAAAAUUCGGGGAUACUUGGGGGAAAGUAUCUGAGAAGCACCUUGCUAGUUAAGCCCGGAUCAGAUCCUUUAAAUCCUGAGCUUUAUACACCAGAAGAUUUCUAUAUUGGGGCCAAUAUAAUUGUAUUCGGACAAAGAUUUAUAAUUACUGGAGCUGAUUUAUAUGUGUAUCGAUAUAUGCAGGAGAAUUCCAGCAAAUUUUCUUGCGAGGUGAUUGAAACCAUGAGGAACUGGAUGUUCAGUCAGGGAUAUUUGAAGGACGACAUCGACGAUGCAGUUAAGGAUAAUUUGGAUGCCAAAAAGAACUUUGAUGAAACUAUUGGCCAAAAGGAAUCCGAUUUGGACAAAUGUCUGAAAAAGUUUCAAGUUGAUUCAAGCGCAACUGAUGCCGAAGCAGACAAAGCUAAGAGCAGAAAAAUGCUGCAAGAGUACGAAGACUCAAUUAAGCACACAUAUCAAGUCCCCCCACAUGGCAUUCUCCCAGUCGAAAAAGACUGCGCUUAUCCUGUGUAUACGGGCAAAGAAAAGGACCUUAGCUGCACAGAGGAUAUUGAAGCGAAAUACACUUCGUACACACCAAAGCACAUUGACACGCCUGAGGAGGUGGUCGCAAAAUACUAUGCAGGAGUGCUUAAAAAACAGAAGGAAGUUUGCGAUCAAAGGUACCCAAUCGAGUGCACUGAUCCGCCAGUGGAAGAUCCACAUAAGUGCGAAAAGGAGGAGGAAAAGCAGGGACCCAUAAUGGUUAGUCCUCCGGAUGUUCCUGCAGGAUCAUGCAAAGCUAAAAAGAAACUUGUCCGGUUUGAUGACAGUAGGAGAUGCACUACAGAGCGAGAUGAUCUUUGCGAUUUAAAACGAGAAGUAAAUCAUUGCGAUUGUACUGAUUAUAACAAGGACUGUGCUUAAACGAUGAUUUUUGUCAUAUAUUAUAUGUAUUAUAUUAUAUAUGGUGGGAAAUCUGG